GCUAUAUUUUCUAAAGAAGGCUGGCUCCACUCUGCAAAGUUGUGUUUCCUUCCACUCUCUGGCCAUCUUUUCAGUACUUCUCAUUUUGCUCUCUCUGUUUAGAUUUCUGUAGGUUUUCAGAAUGCAGAGAUUUUCGUUAUAGGUUCAAAAAUUGGGCAAUCAAGUUUCAGCAUGGAGUAUUCAAAUGCAUUCAGUUUCCUCAUCAUUGCUCUAAGCUACAAUGAGACGAUUAUAGGAAAGAUUUGGUUAGCAGUUGUGAUCUUCCUACGAUUUAUGGUGAUAUUUUUAGCGGCCUAUCCUCUCUAUCAAGAUGAGCAAGAACGCUUCAUCUGCAACACACUGCAACCAGGAUGUUCCAAUGUGUGUUAUGAUCUUUUUGCUCCAGUAUCGCACUUUCGGUUCUGGCUGAUUCAUAGUAUGUCUGUCCUCCUUCCUUAUGUUGUUUUUGGUGUCUGUAUAUUACAUGGUGUGGUCAGACACAUUGUAAAAGCCUCUUCCUCCCCUUAUUCUCAAAAAAUUGGCAGGAGAAAUGAAAUGGCUGCCCUGGAUUUUUCCAGGGCUUAUAUAGUUCAUCUGAUUAUGAGAAUAUUGAUAGAGGCUGGCUUUGGAACUGGUCAGUACUAUCUCUUUGGGUUUUUUGUUCCAAAGCGUUUUUCCUGUGACCGCUUUCCUUGCAUGAGUUUUGUUGAUUGCUACAUUUCCAGACCAACUGAAAAAACCAUCAUGAUGCUUUUCAUUUGGGGGCUUGGGGGCUUCUCCUUUCUUCUUAGUCUUGUUGACCUAAUCUUUGCUUUGCGGACCAGUGGGUUAAGAAAUCGUAGAAAUAAGCUUCUGUUGCAAAAGUUCAACUCAGAAGAGGAAGGUAUCCCUGACCUACAGCAAGAUGACCACCCAGGCAAUAUUCAUCAUGGAAGCAUGCCCGCCCCCGAGGGCGGUAUGAAAUGCUUGCUUGCUUGUAAGGCUACAGAAGACUGUCCUUUUCCACCCACAAUGACCCUUCAACAGAUAAUUGGUUCUCAUCUCAACAGUAACCAAAAUAAGGUAUGUAAUGAAUCUUCCAAUCAAGAUUUGCUUUCCAAUGAAGCCAAACAGCGGGAGAAUCCAUCUGAGCAAUCAAGACAUGAGCACCAGUCCUACUUUGUAAAAGAACCCUUGGCUUUUAAAUCCCAAGAGGUGUGCCAUCAUAGUUCUCAUUCAUUUACAAGUUACGACAAGCCCUCAGUUCAUUAUUCUACUCUGGAGAGAAAGUCCUCUGAUACUCCAUCUGUCUGUGAUAGUUCUGAGUACUCAAAAUCCAAAAAAUCUGAAUGGGUAUAG